AUGUGUUGGCCUGCGUCGUGUUCUGUCUUGCUGGGUACCCAUCUGUCAAAACAGCGGCAGGAGUGGGCCGGCGAGGGGUCGGGUGGCCCUGAUUGGGCGCAGGGGGUGUCGGUGGGGCAGGGGACCGCCGGCGUGAUUCGCGGGCUCCGAGCCAGCAUUACCGCUAAACCUGUUUCGCGGGCCAGCCCUCCUUCUAGCGGCCGCGUCGGUGCUCCCCGCCUAGGCCCGGCCGGGAAUGGUGCCAGGUGGGAGGAGGUUUUUGGAGUGGCGUGGCCGGUUCCAAAGGGGCAUAGCGCGACUGUGGGGGAUCUGAGGCCGUACGGGCAGGCAUACAUUCUCGAUUCUUCUCCCCCAGUCCGAUCUGUCCGCCCUGCAGCAGUCGAUGAUUCGCACAUUUCUCACACGUCGUCUUGCAUCAUUCUGGCGUGA